UUUUUAUUGAGAGAAGAAGCAGUGUUCUCGGAGUACCCUGGAUAUCGCUGUUUUAUCAUUGGGCGAGAUUUAGUCUGUCGGGUUUUAUUUAUGUGUUUAAAAAAAUUUCUUGUUCUGCUGUAUAUAGCAGUCUGCAAACUUAAGGAGUAAUUACUUGUGUUCCGUGAGCCACAAUGCCCCAUGAGAAAGGUCCUCUCUCUCCCGUGACUGAGUCUGGUGCUCUUGCUGUGGACCACAGAAAAGCUCUGACAAUCACACCGGGGGGAAAGCUUGACAGCUGUCAGGUAACGAGCUGUGGCAUCAGACGACAAGAUCAAAGGAUUGGAAAUCCAUUGAAAAUCCACAAGAGAAAAGGACACUUCGAUGAAUGCGCAGAUGCAGAUUUGCCAAAAAGUGCCAGAAAGCAUCUCAAGAUCCACUGGACACAGCUGGCAGCCAAUGGCGCAUCAUCUGGGUCAUCUCAUCACCACAAUGGCAGACGAGCAGAUGAACAUGGCCAGAAUUGUUCAGCGAUGUUGGAUAUUAAGAGGCGAGAGGUGAAAGUGAUAUUAAUGGACGUUCUCCAAACAGAAGAGGGCCAGAAAUACCUGAAUAGCUGCGGGAGUGAUACCAAUGCGAAGAAACAGUCAAUGCUUAAAAGAGUACCCAGGGAGAGGCAGAGUGAGCGAGGACCCUCAUCAGAGCACAGCACCGUCAGGAGGAGAGCUAGUGCACCUCGCAAGGACCAAACUAAGUUUUCAUUUCUCAAACCUGCCAACUUGCAAUCAUCUAAAAUGACUAACUCUUUGUAUGCUGAGGAGAAUAGUAUGCAUCUUUCCAAAGAAGCUCAAUCUCCAGUGGCCAAAAAAUGCAAGAGAGUCAAAAAUUCUGCUCGUUUCAGUGAACAUACUGCAUGUGAUGAAGAAGAAUCCUGUUCACGUCAAGAAAGUGGCUCCUCACCAAGGAAAGGAAGUCAUAAUCUGUUCCAUAAACACACAGAAUCGCCUGACGCUGCAGAGAACGAGUUCUGUCCGAUUGAGGAAAGCGACUCUUCGAGGCCUACGAGCGUCAGUCCUCUUCAUUCUGAAGAAGCCGAUUCAGAGCACAUCUUUGAAAGCUUAGGCUCAGCCAUGCAUACUCCAUCACAAGUUCAGCUGCCAAGCGGCUUUUACAGAAGAGAAUAUCAGGACUCGGAGAGUGAAGCGGUUCCCAUUCAGCAAAAUGCCAGCAAUAAUGAAGCACAAGAAUGUGCAGGCAGUAUGGGAGAAAACGACGAUGAGAUUGCAAAGGAGAGGGAGGAGGAGGAGGAGGAGCCUCUACACCAGAAUGGAGACGUGCUAGACGAAGGGGGCGGAGCCAGAGGCAGCGUCCUUCGUCUGUCCACAGGGGCAGCUGAGGGCCAGUUGGCUGACGGAGAAGUCACACCCAAAUCUAGUCAAAUGGCAGGCUCUGCAGAUAAACGCAUGCUUGAUUCAGAGCUUGUGGGAGUCAGACAGGCCUCGAAACCACAAACUGAACCGAUUGUUCUUUCCAGUGAGGAGGAGGAGGAGGAGGAGGAGGAUGAGGAUGAAGAUAGUGGAACAUCACAUGUCCAAGCACUAGAGGGAGCCAAAGAUCUACACAGGCAACAAAAACCUGUCCAGGCUAUGGAGAGAAAAAAGAUUCCAGAUGUACUCAUUCGUCCCUCUGAUUUGAACAGCCAGGCUUCCAGCUUUGAGGCCUCUGCUUCAAGUGGUUGUGCGGUGAUGGAGCUUCAGUUCUCCGCCCUUUACAUGGGCAACUUCAGUGCCUUGACUAAUGGGCUUGUAAAGAUCACAGAUGAUAGGAUCACCAUUUCAUUUAAAGAUCCUUCAGGUUCUGAGGUAAAAGCUUCCUUGACUACAGCAAACGUGCACAAGUACUGUGUGUGGGAUGGACUUUUUGUGCGGGACUGUCGUUUAGCGAAAGAAAGUGAAGCACCACCUUCAUCUGUCCUCCUCUUAUGGCUGGAUGAAAUUCAAGCACGACGCCUAUCCAGCGACUUGUCUGUCUUUCAGCCAGGGACACGCCCAACUGAGGGUGGCGUGUGUGUCGCGCUGUGUGUGUCUGAAUCCUUGAAUGGAGUACAGGGUGCACUGCUUGCAUCUAUAAUGGACAUUGUAGGUCUCAGACAUGGAAAUACCGAGCUUCUAUCCCCACUCACACACCCCGAGAGUCUGAAGAUUCUGCAGAACAGCCGAGACUCACACAUUCUCCAACUGCUGUGUCCCAGAACUGAGACUCACACUGUCUCCUGUGAGUCCGGGACCACACCAGCACCUGCGAGCACAACUACAACCUCAGCUAAGGACUCAGAUGCCCAGCCAGAUUCCAGAGUCUACACAUUGUGUCAAAGCAGAGGUCGGCGUGCCUACAGUGUGUCCUUGGCACAUAAACCUGGAUCAGACUGGACUCAGUACAGGCACUGUGGUCCUGCACGCAGAUUAAUCCAGUUUCCUCCGCCACCAUCUAAAGGAGCCAUAACUGUGACCACUGAAGACCUGGAGUGCUUAGACAGCGGGGAGUUUCUCAAUGACGUCAUCAUUGACUUCUACCUCAAGUAUCUAUUGGUGCAGAAGGCACCUCGUGCUUCAGUGAGAAGAUCUCACGUUUUUAGCAGCUUCUUUUACAAACAGCUCACACGGCGUGACAACGCUAACGAAGAGAGCACCAGCACACCAACCCAGCUCAGGAGGCACCAGCGGGUCAGGACAUGGACUCGUCACGUGGACAUAUUUGAGAAGGACUUCCUGUUUGUUCCCGUCAAUCAAGAAGCUCACUGGUACCUAGUAGUUGUGUGUUUCCCUGGGAUGGAUGAGCCACAGUAUGUGGAGAGAGGAGGUCAUGCCUCAGUGCAUGAUGGGACUGAAAACUCCAGUGAUAUCACAGCUCAGAAUGAAUCACAGCAUGGUGAUGGGGACAUAAAUUCAGAUGAAAAUUCUUCAAGGUCUAUUUCUGCUCCUGGUCCACCAACCUGCACAGAAAACACCUGUAAACGCCAGACUGUCUGUAAGAGACCCUGCAUUCUCAUUAUGGACUCUCUGAAGCUGUCUGUGCAUGAGCGUAUCUUCAAGCUCUUGCGCGAGUAUCUGCAGGCCGAGUGGGAGGUAAAAAGAGGCGGACAUCGAGACUUCAGUGCAGAGCGGAUGGUGGGCUCCCACUGCAGAGUUCCCCUGCAAGACAACAGUAGUGACUGUGGUCUUUAUUUACUGCAGUAUGCAGAAAGCUUUUUACAGGAUCCUAUAGUGCACUUCGACCUUCCACUGAAGCUAGAGUGUUGGUUUCCACGACAGAAAGUGCGUGAGAAGCGAGAGGAGAUUCGAGAUCUUGUGUUGCACCUGUACCGAUUUCAGCAAGGAUCUCUGGGAAGUGACAGCUUAGAUGAUGGAAAAGAAAUAGGAAAUGUAGCUUAACAGUGUGGAGCAUUAAAAAUAACUUACUUUUAUUUAUCACAUUUUAUUUCAUUGUUCUUAGGUCUUCUAUGUGUUUUUAUGCUUUUGUACACAGUAAUGCAAAAUAUAUGUAAUAAAUUUUUCAUCAUGAUGUGAAA